AUGUUGCUGGGGCCAUGGCAGAAUGUUGCUGGGGCCAUGGCAGAAUGUUGCUGGCGCCACGGCAGAAUGUUCCUAGCGCCACGGCAGAAUGUUCCUAGCGCCACGGCAGAAUGUCUUGAUUAUCGGCCAGAGGAGGAGAGGUCCGUGGAGGCUCCACGCCAGGUUGCCGAAAACCCUGAAGAAUGGGUUCCCCAAGGACCUGAAGAAUGGGUUCCCCAAGGACCUGAAGAAUGGGUUCCCCAAGGCCCUGAAGAAUGGGUUCCCCAAGGCCCUGAAGAAUGGGUUCCCAAGGCCCUGAAGAAUGGGUUCCCCAAGACCCUGAAGAAUGGGUUCCCCAAGGACCUGAAGAACGAGUACCCCAAGGCCCUGAAGAAUGGGUUCCCCAAGGCCCUGAAGAAUGGGUUCCCCAAGGCCCUGAAGAAUGGGUUCCCCAAGGCCCUGAAGAAUGGGUUCCCCAAGACCCUGAUGAAUGGGUUCCCCAAGGACCUGAAGAAUGGGUUCCCAAGGACCUGA